CCGCUCUCAGUCCUGGAGCGCCGCUCGCUGCCAGAGGGGAGUCGCCACCUGCCCCGGUACGGAGUCGCUCCUCGCCGCUCGCUCGACAAGAGGCAGCGCAACCGCCCCGCCGCCGCCUCGGCGUCCGCCGGCAGGGACGUGACCGCUCCCGCCGCCGCCCGGCCUCGGAGGGGAGAACUUGCCUGCCAGCUCCGCCGCCCGAGGGAAGAGCCGCCGCGGGCGCGCCGCCCCUCCGCCGCAGCCCCCCGGUCCCGCCGCGGGCAGGCGGGAUGAUGGAGCCCCCCGCCGCCGCCCGCGCCUCCUGCCGCCGCCCGCUGCUGCUCUGCCUCCUGCUCGGAGCCCUCUGCCUGCCGCCAGCUCUGGGAUUGUAUACAGUAAAUGCAGUAUAUGGAGAUACUAUUAUUAUGCCUUGUCGUCUAGAAGUACCAGAUGGUCUGAUGUUUGGAAAAUGGAAAUAUGAAAUGCCAAAUGGAUCUCCAGUAUUUAUUGCCUUCAGAUCAUCAACAAAAAAAAGUGUACAGUAUGAUGAUGUACCAGACUACAAAGACAGGUUGUCUCUCUCAGAAAACUAUACAUUAUCCAUCAAGAAUGCAAGGAUCAGUGAUGAAAAGAGAUUUGUAUGUAUGCUAGUAACUGAAGAUGAUGUUUCUGAAGAGCCGACAAUAGUCAAAGUGUUCAAACAACCAUCUCAACCAGAAAUCUUGCAUCAAGCAGACUUCUUAGAAACAGAGAAGCUAAAAAUGCUCGGGGAAUGUGUUGCAAGAGAGAGUUAUCCAGAAGGCAAUGUUACAUGGUACAAAAAUGGGAAAGUUUUGCAGCCUGUGGAAGAAGUUGUGGUCAUAAGUUUGCAAAAGAUUGUGGACAAAUCAACCGGACUCUUCACCAUGACAUCAUCUCUUCAGUACAUGCCAACAAAGGAAGAUGCAAAUGCAAAGUUUGCUUGCACUGUGACAUAUUAUGGACCAUCUGGACAGAAGACAAUACAGUCCGAACCAGUAGUCUUUGACGUUCACUAUCCAACAGAGAAGGUGACUAUUCAAGUGCUGUCGCAAAGAAGUACCAUUAAAGAAGGUGAUAACAUCACUCUGAAAUGCUCAGGGAAUGGUAACCCUCCACCACAGGAGUUCCUGUUUUACAUUCCAGGAGAAACAGAAGGCAUAAGAAGCUCAGAUACUUAUGUAAUGACAGAUGUGAGACGAAAUGCAACAGGAGAAUACAAGUGCUCUCUGAUGGAUAAAAGCAUGAUGGACUCAACCACCAUCACUGUACACUAUUUGGAUUUGCAGCUUACUCCUAGCGGAGAAAUCACAAAACAGAUCGGAGAGGCCCUUCCUGUGUCAUGCACGAUUUCUUCUAGUAGAAAUGCAACUGUCUUUUGGAUAAAGGACAAUAUCAGAAUGCGAAAAAGUCCAUCAUUUUCAAGUCUUCAGUAUCAAGAUGCCGGAAACUACAUCUGUGAAACUACUCUACAGGAAGUUGAAGGCUUACAGAAAAGCAAGACACUUAAACUUAUCGUAGAAGGAAAACCUCAAAUCAAAAUGACAAAGAAAACCAACACAAAUAAAAUGUCUAAAACAAUUGUCUGCCAUGUGGAAGGUUUCCCCAAACCAGCAGUACAAUGGACAGUUACUGGUAGCGGAAGCAUCAUAAAUAAAGCAAAGGAGACCAAAUAUGUUAAUGGAAGAUUUUCCAGUAAAAUUGUAAUUGCACCUGAAGAGAAUGUGACUUUAACUUGCAUUGCAGAAAAUCAAUUAGAAAGGACUGUAACCUCCCUGAAUGUCUCUGCUAUAAGUAUUCCAGAAUAUGAUGAGCCAGAGGAUAGAAAUGAUGACAAUAGAGAAAAGGUUAAUGACCAAGCAAAGCUAAUAGUGGGAAUUGUAGUUGGUCUUCUGUUGGCUGCUUUGGUUGCAGGCGUUGUCUACUGGCUCUAUGUGAAGAAAUCAAAUGACGCCAAAGGAAAGUCUGAGAAGGCAGCAGCACAGAACUUUCCAAGUCUGCCGAGGCAAGAAAAACAUUAUUUUUUUCAUUAUUGGUGUUGUGGUUUGUAUAAUCUUCUAUUGUCUUGUCAUCUGCACUAAGUAGGAAUUAUACUUGUACCCUUGGAAUAUAUUCACAAUAAAUCACUUGCAUAGUUACUCACUGCCUCAGCUCCACUUGAUGCAAAAGCUGAUUAUUGCUACAUUCUUUUCACUAUGAGUAUUAUCCCAUAAAUCAGGGACUCAUCUGUAUUCCACAUGCUGCAGCCAGCCCUCUCUUGAAUAAAGAGUUGAAGCUACCUAUCCUAGCAUGCUAUGUUUCUCCUUCAUCUGAGCAGAAGGCCAAAGACAGAGGAUUUCUCCUCUGUUUCCAAAAAGAUAGUUUAAACUAAUUUGCACUAAACAGUAUAUAAUUUAGCAUUGCAGGUUCUUACUAAAGUUUCUAUGUCAUGCCUCAGCUGAGUGAUUCUGGUGCACUCAUCUUCAGUACAUCCUUCAUUUACACUUUGCCAGAAAGAGUUCAGAGUACUGAAAAAAUUAAAGAUUUAGAAAGAAAAUGAUGCAUCUUGUGCCCUACAGCCCUGUUCUCUAGGCGAGUAAGUUUUGCAUUAGGUGGGACUUUUGUCCCAUUUUUGUAGGUUGGUUCUGGAGGUGCACAAAUCUCAUGCCACAUGAGGCUAGGUCAAGGUUAACCUGAUUUAAAAGGGAGUGAAGGAAAAUUCAGCUGGAAAAACUGAAGUUGUAGCAGCAGCAGUCUUAAGAUUGAGCAUGCUCAGAGCACAUCAUACUGUCAAAAUUCUUCCUACGUCCCAGUAACCAAAAAUGUUACUUGCUAGUCUCACUGUAGCCAAAACUAGACACUUGAAGCAUAGCAAUUACGUUUUUCUGAUACUUUAUAGGAAAUUAGCAUAUGAAACCAAAUGUGGCAGGUCAAGUAUGUAGGAAACUUGAUGAGUGUUUUGUACAAGACCCAGUACUUGUAUUGUUUCUCAUGCAAUUACCAUCUAGAGAGAAGACCAAGUUACAAACAUCUCUGAAAGUGUCAGUUAAUGCCACAAAUCUUGUAUAAAAAUGGCACAGAUUUAAUUCAAAAACAGUCCUUGAUCACUGGAAUAUCUUUCUAAUCUCUGUGUUCUUUUUCUGCUGCUGAUUUGAAAAUAAUUGGAAGAGGUGAAAGUCAAGAUGGGGGAAAUGGAAAGAGUUUGCAAAUAAUCCAGGUUUGGAUGUAUAAGACUCUUAUAGGAGUUGUCAAAAUGGUUUAGCUGAGUGUCUAGCAUGCCUUUCAAAAGUAAUGCAAGCAUUAAUGAAAUUGAUGGCUCUUGCUUCAGCACCCAGAAGUAUACGUAAGUGUAUUAUUUUCUUACCUGUCAUUAUUAGCAGCUCAGGUAACAAGGACAGAGAGCACUACAAAUUUUCAUCCGUAAACAGAGUUGAGGGUGAGACCUGUGAGAUUAAAAGAAAUCGGGAAUUAAAUCACAAAGACAAUUUCUGAGUAUACUAUAUGCAGUCAGUAUUUAAUCUAAAGCAGGCAAAACACUAGAGAUAGAAAGUGUUCUUUAUUAACGGUAACUUUUUAAACAAUAUCUAAAACGCAUGAAAAUAACCACCCCCCCAACACACACAGACACACACACACACUCACUCUCUCUCUCUCUCUCUCUCUCUCUCUCUCUCUCUCCCCCCCCCCCAAAGGAAAUUAAAAACUUCCUUUUAGUACUACUUACAGAGAGAUUUUGAUUAUGUUUCCCUGAGGAUAGGUUUUUUUUCCUGAAGAGCAAGCAUAGAUAAAUGUAAAAUAUCAGCCAUAAUUAUAGCAAGAGCUCAGAAUGAUCUGCGUUUUACAAGUGAAUUAAAAAGAACAGUUGAGAGACAUAAUAAAUAAACCUAUAUUGAUAUAACCAAAUUCUCACUCGUCACAAAACUAUGGCCAAAGCAUGCUAAGGCUUUGUUUGUGGAAGUGUAGGUAGUUUUAAUGAGCGUGAGAUAACCUGGCCAAACUUGAUCGUUCAGCCCUUUUCAGAAAAUCCUCUGGAAUAUUUAAGUGUAUUCAGACUGAAUUGCCCAACUGAACGCUACCAUCAUGAAGUCUCUCUUGAGGUGCAAAUGCAGCAAGUCUACAGUAGUGAGUGCACUAACUAAAAAAGUAGGGAAAGACCAUUGUCAAAGGUUAAGCUGAUUAAGGACUGUUUGUCUAGUGCCUCAAAGUCACCUGAAGAAGUGACAGAAACAAUGUUUUGAGCCAUUCCUGUGUUACAAACCCAGGCCACAUCUAUUGAGCUCUGAGGACUGGUGCUAUGCCAAGGCUGCCUGUGCCUCUGUUGCUGGCACAGCACUGCCUAUGGCUCACACUGCUGCAGCUCUCCGUAGAAAGAACUCGUCUGUCCCUUAGUAAUGCCGUUUAGCUAGCACAAAAAAGGGCAGGAGCAUUGCUUGGGCUGAGGUGGUGAGUCUGCCUAGAUAGCAGUAAUGGGGGAACAAAAUUAAAAAAAAGGUCAGCAAGAUCACAAAACCAGCAGAAUUAAAAACUGUUGUAUCUCAGUCUCAGGCACUGAGGCUCCAUAUCCAUCUGAUUUUUGGACAUGCAAAACUUCUGCUACACUCAUUUCACAAAAGUAGCACAUACCAGCUUCUGUAAGAGUUCUGGAUAUCCUGUCUCCUUCUGAGUCAGAGCACUGCCUUUUAAAUCUCCAUUUUUAUCCAUUUUGGUGUAAGGAAAAUAUACAUGAUACUUAGUGAAGGGAAUACCAGUUUCAUUGAAGGCAGAACUAAAACAGUUUAAAAAUAAAACUUGAUAGGAUUACAGGACCUCCCAUUUUUAAUCACUGAGCAAUUUUAACUUAAAAGAGUAAUGCUAGUUACAAUGCCUUCAGUUAUUAAAUAUCAGCUCACGUAAGAUACUUUGGGCACUGCAAAACUCCUGAUAUAAGAGGCAAAAAAAAAAAGUGGGGAGGGGGAGUCAUAGUGAGCCAUACCAAGAGUCUGUCUAGCCCACUCUUUUCUCUUCAGGGGCAGACAUAAGUGGAUACAUAAGGCAGUGUAAGAAUAGGGCAGGCACAUAUGAUACAGCUUUCUAACCUCCAGUUUAUUGCAACUCAGGUAAUUUCCUGAGUCCAGAUCUUUUGAGCAUAUCGUCUCUUUCCCUGCUGUCUCCAAUUUUGUAAGGCUUGUUUAUAGAAGAGACUUGUCAUUCAAAUGACAAGCCAAAUUCUGUGCGCUACCUAAAACAAACACAUUUGGUUUUUAAAUUUUUUUUUUUAAGUGGAAAUUAAAGAGCUUUGUAAAAGGUUAUUAAGAUCACAGAAGAAACUGUGUCACCACCAAAGCACUGGAUUUUCUUCUUUGUCAUAUCUUACAUCCUUUCCUUCUGUGCAGAUUUAGUCUUUCAGGUUUUGAGAUAUCAGAAGAAAGUAGAAAGUUACUGCACAAUAGAAAUUUACCACUGUAGGACAAGUUACUUCAUGACCUAAUCGUAGUAUUUUUAAAAUUACUUUUGUCAGUGAUAAGCAGAAGCUUGGAUCUUUGUAGUAACUGGGUUUUCAGCAGAAUUGGUUCUGCACAGAAGCCUUCUUAUCAGCUACACAAACACAACAGAGGCAGUCUAGAAACAGCAGGGAAAGUCAUACAACUUGGAACUUGGAAGCAUUAAAACAUAGAACCACUUAGGAAGUAAAACCAGAAUGUUUUUUAACGUGGUCUUGCUCAGUAUAAUCCGUGGGCUCUCAAGCCCAGAAUUCCACGCUCGCCUCGCACGCCCCGUCACAUGCUGCUGCCCCUCCUGGAGAGCCGGCACUGCAGUAGCACCCCCAGCACUGUUGAGAAGGGGGAUUUGCACCCCCUCAGAAGCUGCUCUAGGCUAAGGACUAAACUGUGCUCUCUUAACACUACUUUUCAAGGCUACUUGAACUCAGGGCGCACACAGUGCUUUUAGCCACUGCUUAGUGGCCUUUGCUCAGAUGGAGGACACACACAGAAACUCCACUAGCAAAAAUUCAAAUCAGUGGUUUUGUAAGGUACAUACCUGCAUGGUGUCAGCGUGACACGUCACACGAUCUUGCUAACCUGUGUCUUCAUUGUAUUUUGCAAGUCACUGUCACUGCAGACCUUUACCCUGAAGCAAGGGUGAGCAUAUGCAUUAAUCUGUCACAACAGACAUUAUUGUUUCUGUAGGGGAAACAAAUUAUCCACAGAGAAAAUGCGUAUAGGAUAAGCUGCUUUGACACAAGGGAUUUACUUUGUCCCACUCAAACACAUUUGCUCAUUUACAUUUUAAAAAUUGUGGCCUUUAAAAUGUUAUCACCGCACUGCAGGAAUCUCUCACCUUGGCAGACAGUGAGUCUUCUCACAUAUUAAAGGAACAGCUUAAUGGUUUUAUUGUACUAAGCUAAACUGAGCUCUUAACUCAUUAAUUCAUCUCCACUAUUCGUAUUAAAGACAACCUGCUAUUUUGAAUGAGGCAUACUUCUUUUCUCCCCGUCAGACAUUUACACAAUCUCUUCUUCAUCCAAAGAUUGUCAGUCAUAGUAGCACAGAUCUAGGAGACAGAGUGGUUUUUUUUCAGUGUUGCCUGAUUUUUCAUUAAUUUCUUCACAGCUAAAAGAGCUUCUGUUUGGCACAGGCUCUGAAAGUCAAUUACUACAAGUACACAAGAGAUUGCUACGUUGAUAAAGAUAUCUUAGCCACACUUCUACAUUUUAGUAUGCCUUAAAGCAAACUCUUUUUAUUGAAACAAGCUACACAAUUAAUUUGUCAAGAAACACGGAUCUGCACUACUGGUUUAACCUUACUAAAUGUUCUCUACAAGCUAGGUCAGAAUAAUUUUGAAUUCUUCAGUAAGACAGAUACAUAUACACAGGCCUGCUGCAAUACUUCUUGCAGUACUAACUCCAGUGGGGAAAUUAGUGCUUUUGGUCUAUAUACAGACAUAUGCAAGCCUAUUGCUCUGCUCAGAAGAGAACUGUAACAACUUUCUCUUUUAUUGAGAGGGGAAGAGACACUGUGAUUAAUGUGAAUACAGAACAAAAUGCUGUAGACAUGUAAAAUUGACCUUAACUUUUCAUUAUAGGACAGCCUCAAAACAUGUAGACAAAGAUCUUGGAAA